AUGUGUCACCGCCGACCCCGUUGCCGUGUGAGGGGCAGGAAGCGGCGGCGGCGGCUCCAGCCCUUCCGGGUCGGCGGGCGGGCCGGCCGAGCGCGAGAGGGGCGGCAGAGCGGGAGCGGCGCCGUCCCCAUCCCGGAUAUGGAUAAAAGCAAGGAUGAAAAAAGUAGGACGCUGUGUGCAACUUCAGAAGAAGGGCUGAAGGUCCGAGGAAAAGAAAAAAGGAAACGAAAACGCAGCAGAAGCAGGUCAUCGUCUGUUUCAUCCACAUCGUCUUCUAGCAGCACAUCCACCUCUUCCUCUUCAUCACGCUCUUCAUCGAGAUCAUCUUCUUCGAGUAGUAGAGAUUUUCCUAAGUCUAAAUCGAAGAAAAAGAAAAAAGAAAAACACAACAAAAAGCUACUACCUGUCUGGCAGUGGUAA